GUUAGAAUAGCCAAUCAGGAUCCGGGGACGUGACAAAUCUCGGAAGCAUAGGGCGGAGCUUCACGGCAGCGUUUAGCGGGCACGAGAGUUUUUCUGUUUGUUGUUUAUGUUCAGUUUCCAUGACACAAAAUUGGGAGCUGGUGUCUCUACCUCGAUGGGAGAUGACGGCCUACUGGAUUCUCUCCUUCUCCUCUCAUCUCUAUUCUUUCUACCAGCUGCACAAGUUUUCUAAAGAGCAUGAGGUCAGUCUGGACAGAGAGGUGCAGCUGCAGAGAGGAUUCCUUAUAUGGGGAUUCAAGAAGGACCCUACUGAUUUUGAAUGGAGUUUUUGGAAUGAGUGGGCAUGGCGGUCUCUUCUGUGGUCUCUGAUUGGCCACGCUGUGGUGUCCAGACUGGCAGCCUGUUAUCUGCCUCAGUUCCGACUGGCAGUCUUUGCAGUGUAUGGCUUGCUUUCUGCUGGUUGGCUUCUCGGUGUGUGGGGCGUGACUCUUUUGAUGCUGCAUCUGAGCAUCUCAUUGGUGGUUGCUCAGCUACGUAGCCCCGCCCUAUCGUGGUUUUGCUCCCUCCUACUGCUCUCCACACUAAAUGUCAGUGCCCUCCAGGAUUUACAGCGUGGCUGGUGUUCUUCUGAGGACCAGUACUACCUCUUGCUCUUCAGUACUGCUGUUUGUAGUUUGCGCUGCAUUAGCUUUAGUCUGGAGCUGUGCUGGCACUGCUCCUCUCUACAGGAUAAAGGACUAAAGACUCUAAUUCCUCAGUUCUACAAACUCACUGCCUACUGCUUCUAUCAUCCUCUGUUCUACAACGGACCCAUCAUGACCUACAGAGACUUCAGCGAACAGAUAGAAAGACCGGUGUGUAAAGUGUCUUUGGUGUAUGUCUUAAGCGGAAUACUGCGCGUGUUUGUCUGGUGGUGUUUAGCAGAAUUCAUGAUCCACUUCAUGUACAUGCACGCCAUCCAGAGCAACGAAACCUACCUGGAGAUGCUGCCGCACUGGGCGUUGGGUGGUUUGGCUCUCGCGUUAGUGCAAUUUUUUUACGUAAAGUAUCUGGUCUUAUUUGGAGCGGUGUCUCUGCUCGUCAGGUUGGACGGACUGGAGCCACCCACGUUACCACGGUGUGUCAGCAUCAUGUACAGCUUCACUGGAAUGUGGAGACACUUUGACGUGGGACUUUACAAAUGGCUCAUCAGGUACAUAUAUGUGCCGUUGGGAGGCUCACGUCAUGGUGUGUUCCGGAAGAUUGUCUCCACUGCGCUGGCGUUCGGGUUUGUGUGUUUCUGGCAUGGUUGCCAUGACUACCUGCAGUACUGGGCCCUCCUGAACUGGAUCGGGGUCUUGGUGGAGAAUGUUCUCGCACUCCUCUUCUCCUCUCGUCCUCUUCAUCACACUAUUGUGUGCUGUCUGUCACCUCGGAUGCAGAGGCGUGGCCUAGCUCUAAUCUCCGCCCUCUCCACGGCUCUUCUGAUUCUGUCCAAUCUGUUAUUUCUGGGCGGGAUCCAUGUGGGUAGAAUCUUCUGGAAGAGGGUGUUUGUCCAAGGCUGGUGUUCUGUGGCCGUUCCAGUGGUUGCUUUUCUCUAUUGCUUUGCUCAAGUUGGUAUUGAGUGGGACAUGAGAUGACAACACCGCUCAGGGUGGAAUCAUGGGAAGGCAGAAAACACAAUGGUAGUGGAGAAGCAAUGAGGUGAUAUACUGACCUCAACACAUCUCCUGUGGACCUGAUAAUGAGCUCUCUAACCUGAGAACAUCUCACAGCAUGCUAACAUGUCCCUUAACCACUCAUCUGACGCACACAGUAUGUUCAUUACCACAAUUCUCCACACACACAACGCAUUUAUCAGAGUUUGUAUGGUCAGGCACUCUCUUUCUAAGAUACAAAUGAGAAAACCUGAAAGAUUAAGCAUCAUCUUAGAAUAUAUACAAGUUCAUAUAUUCUGUGACAGAGAUAAAGAUAAUCAGGUUUGGUGGUGUUGCUCUGAAUAGAGAGGCUAAUACACGAGACUCGAUCUCUGUGUUCCCCCCGGACCUCGUUAUGGAAAUUAAGAAGGAGUUGAUAUGGGAGAGGGACGCUGGAAAAGAGAGCAAAAUAAACAGCUAUUUAUAUCUUAGCCAUGUGAUUAACAGAUUAACUCCUAACUUGCAUUAGUAGCUUUAUUUAAUAUAAUAAUAGGGGAGACUGGGACUAGCUGUCACAACUAUAGUGAAUAUUUCCCAAGUUUGUUUUAUUUUUUACAAGGCAAUUUCUCUAUAGACACAUACUUUAAGGUCUUGGCUACAAAAAAAGGCUUUUGACAAGCAGCCCCAGUCUCCCCUGCUGACCAAUGAAAAGCUAAACAGGGCUGGUGUGAAGAUAAUGCCACAUCUUCAGUAUUGAAUAUGUAAAAACAUCCAGGAAGGGGGUCAGAAUGAGCUCUCAGACCAUCACCCCUCUUCGUUCCUGAGAUUCUUUGUUUUGAUGUUUUUUGUAAUGCUGAAAGGUCAUUGUAACUGUGUUUUGAUAUGUGACUGUGGUGUUGUGACAGAAAUCAUAUGUAUAGAUUACAUCCAUCAUUUCAUUUUGGAUAACAAAGCUACAAUGCACAACAGAUCGGAUUAAUAAUGGUGCGCCCGUGGUAUAAAAUGUUUGUGUGCUUUCUGGAAGACCCAAUCAUUGAUAAAGAAACCACAUACAUUC